AUGGUUUCAAGGCUAUUAAUCUUUCUGGUAUUAUUACCGUUGUUGAGAUCAGAAUAUAUCCCUCCCGGCCCGGCAUAUCCCUGCCCUAAAGAAACCGAGAGACAGCUUUUAUAUCCUUGUACAUGUGAAAAAGGUACCGACGAUGGAUUGUUCAUUAAAUGUGAGAACACAGGGUUGGCGAUCAUGAGCGUUGGACUCGGAAACAUAGCCGGCUUAGGGCUGCCUAUCGAAAGGUUGGAGAUACGGGAAUGUAAAAUUGUACACCUAUUCGGACCGUUACUACAUAGAUCGAGUGUGAGAGUGUUACACAUAGUUGAUACUCCUAUAAAAACCAUUGAUGAAUUUGCAUUUGCCGGUGUUAACAAGACUUUACAGGAGAUAUACAUGACCUAUACAAGAAUAUCACAAUUCCCCAAAGAAGCAUUUAAGAUCCUAGGCAAUCUAACGACUCUAUCUAUAGAUGGGCAUUUGAUGACGUCACUAUCCAAGGAUAUUUUCGGAGGAAGCCUAGCUGUUGGUAAGCUAGAGAAGCUUCAUCUCGUCAAUGGCUUGUUAAGCGACAUACCUGUUGAAGCAUUUCAAAAUUUAAAAAAGCUGAAAACCCUUGAUCUUCAUGGUAAUAGAUUAGCGACGUUGAAAAGAAAUCAGUUCAAAGGACUUAGAGAUACUGAGGUGUUGGAUUUGAGUUACAACAAUUUAACCAAGCUAGACGGGAGUCACAUUGGAGAUCUGACUAAGCUGGGCUGGUGUAACGCCAGUCACAAUAAUCUACCGGACAUACCCAGGGGUAUGUUCGCGAGGAACACAGUCAUAAAAGUCGUUCAUUUGGACAACAAUAAGAUCAAAAAGUUAGACGUGAACAGCUUCAGAGGAAUGAGGUUUUUAAGACGUCUCUACCUACAAGACAAUCAGAUAUCUGAUAUCGGUCGAGGGACCUUCUCAUCGGUCACUCGAAUAGGUACAGUGGACCUCGCAAGAAACCUCAUCACUAAAGUAGAUUAUCAAAUGUUCCAGGCUGUAAAAUACGCUGAGCUUAUAAAUUUAUCAGAAAACAAGAUAACUUCGAUAGACAAGCAAGCUUUCACUGAUCUAUACUUGGCCGUAGUAAAUAUAUCACACAAUCAGAUAUCGAGCAUCGAACCCGGGGCCUUCGAGAACUGUAACAAUAUGACGCUGUUGGAUUUGAGCUACAACAAGCUGAAGGAAAUUAAUAAACAAGCCUUCGAUGAGAACACAUACGCUAAUGAGUUGAAAGUUACAUAUAAUGAGUUCACUGAUUUGGGACAGAUCCCAAUCCACAAUAUGACGGGCAUAAGGAUAUUGAACGCUUCACAUAAUUUAAUUACAACGAUACCGAAGAUGGCAUUCCCUAAACUUUAUGAACUACACACAGUCGAUAUAUCAUAUAAUAAUCUAAGUGAUAUAUUUAAUAGUGUUUUCCAGAAUUUGUUCUCGUUGAGAUAUCUGAACCUAAGUCACAAUUCCUUGGAGCGCAUCAAACCGGCAACAUUCGGUACUAUACCUACAGUCUUGGAAUUGGAUCUGUCACACAAUAAGCUAACAGAUGUAUCUAGAGGCAGUCUAGCUAAAUUAGCAAGCUGUAGACUCAUUGAUGUUAGCUUUAAUAGCUUGGAGAAGAUAUUCCAGAUACCUAUCAGUUUGGGGGAAUUGAAUCUGUCACACAACAAUAUAAGUACAAUCAAAACGAACACUUGGCCAACAAUGAACGCGUUGCUAUCACUCAACUUGUCGCACAACCAGUUGGCCGACAUGUCCAGCGACACAUUCAGCGGCUUGUUAACGCUUCAAACGCUUGAUCUGUCUAGUAACUCGCUGGACGCACCGCCGUGGGAAGCGCUGAAUACGCUGACUAGCUUACAGUAUUUGUAUUUACAGUACAACAAUCUGACAUCGCUAUCAAAAUCAGCGUUCGGUAAUCUGCCAACUACCUUCAAGUUGGAUCUAUCUUACAACCAGUUGACUGAUAUAUCACAGAAGGCUUUCAGUGGUAUGGCGCAGUUACUAGACCUCACGCUGAAAGGAAAUAAGUUGAGGAGAAUACCUAAUGGAGUUUUUACUGGAUUGGUAGCUAUGAGGAAAUUAGAUCUUUCAUACAAUGAAUUGGACAAAAUUGAUAACAAAACUAAUGGAUUACUAGAUGACUGUCUGUCUCUAGAAAUGGUAAACUUGAGUUACAAUAAAAUAGGUUUUCUCACAAAGAAAAUGUUCCCAUCUAAUCCGUGGAUACCCUACAGGCUAAUGGAAGUUGAUCUGAGUCACAACGAGAUACCCGUGGUCACUUUUGAUAUAACACACGGCGGGAAGAAACUUAAGAGACUUAAUCUAUCAUGGAAUUAUAUAAACGAUAUAAGAAACAAUGUCCUCGGUAACCUAACAUCUUUGGAGAUGUUGGAUGUAUCACACAAUCAAUUGAAAGAUUUAGUAUCAAGAACAUCGGAUUCAAAAUUCAAUUUACCGGAGAAUAUAACAGAGUUAUAUGUGAACGACAAUGUUUUGGAAGUGCUGCCGGUCAAUGAACUACUAAAAUCUAAAUUAUUGAAAAAAUUAGAUGUUAGACACAAUCUAUUGACAAGUUUUUAUCCAGAGUUAGUAAAAAUGAUAAGAGAAAAUGGUCUACAAGUUUAUUUUGAAGAUAAUAAAUUAAAGUGUGACUGCUUCACUCGACCUUUAAAGCAUUAUUUGAAGAAACAGACAAUUACAAGAAUUGAUACGGAGAAUAUGUACAAAAAUAUAACAUGUUUUGAACCACCAUCUUUAGAAAAUGAGAACUUUUUGACGUUAGAUGAAGACAGAUUAUUGUGUGCUGGCAAUGUUGAAAUAAAUGACAAGAUGAGAUCAUAUGGCAACACUGAAUACGAUUUCACUUCUGAACCUGAUGUUUUGUUCAGAGAUAUACAAUAUUCCCAGCAAGCCAUGUACACACACUGGUACGUAACAACGACAGACGACGUCGCGGACUUCUAUAUAUACAUACGAGACAACAACAACACUAUACACUACAACAAAGACAUUACAUACAACCUGCGGGCCAUCACUAUCGAUAUAAACGAGGAAUUCAAAACGUCACUGAAAAAAGGCGGGAAAUUUGACAUCUGCAUACAAGCGAAGACGUCAAACGGUUUCGCGCGCAAAUGGUUUGACAGCCAGUGUCAGACGGCGCCGUCAAACUUUGACAGCUGGCCGAGGAAGCUGUCAGUUGAUAAAAGGAGGCUGUCAAAGAAAAAGGUUACAUAUAGCUGGUUCUCAAACAGUGUACUAGGUUUAGUGAGUGAUUCCAUACUUAUAACGCUUUGCAUCUUCCUUGGAGUCUGUUUCAGGAGAUUGGCGGAUCUAGAUAUUUGA